UAACAAAAAAAAAAAAUUGCAUUGAAAAGGAAAAGAAAAAUAACAAAACAAAACAAAACGAAAAAAAAAUCAUAACGAUUACGUACUGUAGUUCAUUCUUACGGAUUUAUGACUUUCUAUCCACCACUACGAAUACAUUGAUACUUUUACGGUCAUCUGUACGGUGUUAAAAACUGUCCCAGUUUCGUUGCUCUGCCCUAGUAUUUUGCUGUUUGUUCCCUUUCCCUUAAAAACAAGUUUUGACGAUCAUGAACGCCGCUCAGUCACCAGUUCUGUUGCACAAUGGCCUGUCAGAGGAUAAAUCGAGAAAACUUCAAAUGCAGUUGAUGAUGGAGAAGUUGCGCAGCAAAGCACUUCAAUCCCAGUACAAACCCCUAACAGACUCUAUAAAAAAUGUCAAAUUGGCUUUACUGGAAAAACGUAUUAAUAUUGAUCCAAAUGAAAAAUGCCUUGUUCAAAAAUCUCUAGAUUUAUUACAACAAAAUAUCAAAGUGACAACAUUACAAACGAUGAUCGAACGUUUAGACAGCGUCAGCAGACAUUUAGGAUUAAAGUUUACUGUAGGACCUUCUGGAAAAGAUAUAUUUGUAUCAUCAGAUAUGUUUUAUUUGGAAAUUAUAUUAGAAGAUAAUGGAGGAGUAAAAGAUGUGAAAAUUCAUCAUGAUGGAAAAUCAGAACCACAAAGCUGUGCUGAUCUUAUUAAAAGUCUUGCUAACUGUGACUUUGCUGAUUUUACAUCUCAACUUGAGGGAUUAGCAUCUAUUUAUCAAUUAAAUGCAGAUAAAAUUAUUAAAUGUCGAGCAUUUAAUGCUCUUCAAACUUUAGAAGCCGAUCUAGAAACUUUUGCCCAAGUUCAUUACACUUAUCAUAAAGAUUUAAUAUCAUCAGUGCAUAAAACUCCAUUAGGAGUUGUUAAACCUAGAAGAGGAGGUCAUCCUAUGAAAUUGAUUUUCUUUGUUUCUCCAUAUGAUUUAUUGGACGUUGAAAAUAGUACUAUGAUGAAUUUAGAUAGAGAAAGUCUUGAUGUUGGUUGUUUUGCCACAGUGUGUAUAGAAGCUGCUUCUACAACUAAUGUUCAAUCAACUUCAUUACUAAGUGCUACCAGAAGUGCAACUGGAAUGAAUACACCAAUGUUUGUGCCGUUUACUGUUCAAAAUAGUAUUACUUUACCGGCAGUAUUUGUAUUGAGAUUGAAUGAACCUAUGCCAAUAUGUCUUCAACUUGCAGAGAAUAUUAAAUCUGUGAUUGAAAUGGAUUUAGAAAUGUCACCGCCUAGAUCAUUAUUAAGGAUGAUAAUUGAACCAAGUUCACAGCCUCUUAGUGUUACUUUACCAGAUCAACAGCAUUGUUAUUUUUUGACUGAUUCGAAUCUAAAAGGUGUUUUUAUUCAAAACAUAAAAUUUACUCACCCAUCUCAAGUCACUAGAGUUAUAGCAUAUCUUCGACAACAAGCUUUAUUCAACUGUUUGAUUCGUUCUUGUGUGCGUCCUGAAUGCCAACAAGAAAUCUUCAAUACUACUGUAUUUGAAAUUGCUGCAUAUGAAGAAAUGUCUUGGCAACAUUUAGUUGUGUCAUUUGAACAUCCAAUUGAAGAAAGUUUAGCUACAGCUGAAUUUGAUUUGUCUGAUAUAUCUAGAUUGCAGUGUCAAGUCUAUACAUCAUCAUCAGAAACGAACGGAGAAUCUGUUUUGACAUCCCCUGAGUUCGCUAGCAGAGUAUUGCAAAGGUGUUUUUCGAUUCCAAUUACAAUGCGAAGUCUUAUUCAAACCUGGGAACGAAAAAACCAACAAGGCCUUGAAAUUAACAUAAAAAAUAACUUAUCUGGAACUGGAGGAUCAUCCAAUUUAGGAGAUGGCUCAGAUCUUAAUCCACAUUUCGCUGAUCCUUCAGCUGGUCCAGAUUUUUCAUCUGAUCUAGAUGUUAAACUAGAACCUAUUGAUGGAGCUAGUUCUCUUGAUUGUUUUCCAGCAUCAAUGAUUCAAAGAGAUAUUGAUCAGUAUAUUUCAGAUCCUUCAUUUUUACCUGAUAUAGAUUUUAAUCAAUUUCCAAUGGAUGUUGAUCAAGAAGAACAAAAAGAGCAGUCGUCUUUUAGGGAUGCCAGCCUUCAAGAAGAUCCCCCUGAUCUGAAAAAUUCACCAACUAAGACUGAAGAACUGCUAAGCAUAUUAGCAGAUGAUAAUGGAAAAGGUGAAGAUGAAAAGCCUCCUCCAGAUACAGGCCAAGUAAUCAUAGAAACAUCUAGUGAUGAUUCGGUUGAAAAAAGUAGUUCAAUAGUUUCUGGUGAAUUUGAUGCUAUCAAUGAAGACGUAGAACAAUCUAAUCAAUCAUUAUUUGAAAUUGAUGAUGAUGGUCCAGAUCUCCAUGAUCUUAAUGAUGUUAAAGAGUUUAUUAAAAUGACUUCAAAAGAUGUUGCAUUAGUAUCAAUGAAGGACGAAGAUAAAAAAGAUAACUCAUCAGAUAAAAUGCAUCAGUCUCCUUCUGUCAGCAUAACAGCUGUAGAUUUAAGUUCUAUUCCUUCUCCACAAAUAUUACCACAGGUGACAGUUGAUAGAAGGCCAAAUAUAGAAGUUAUUCCCAUACCAAAUGUACCUAGUUCUAUAACAAUAACACCGAUAUCUGCAAAAACAAUAGCUGAAGAGAAGUCUAAAAAAAGCAAAAAGGAUGUUGAUGGUAAACUAGAAAAAAAGAGAAAAAGGAAAUUAGAUACUGAGCCCACAAGUAUACCUGAAAAAAUUAAAAAACAUUCUGGGUCUCUUAAAAUGUCAGAUUCCAGUCGGUCAUCAUCACCAAGUGAUUAUGCUUCAAAUCAAUUACCUUCAAGUACUAUGAUGAUGAAAUUAGGAAACGCCCAAAAAUUAAAACAAAGUACGUCCCCUACCCUAUCUAUAAGUAGUGUAUCAUUGCCUAAUUCUAAUAAAUAUACAGUAACUUCUCCUAAAUCAAAUUCUGGAAAACCAAGUUUAUCUGCUUUAAAAAUGUCAGUCCACAGUCCAAAAAGUGAAUCUAAACAAAAAAAUAAAGAAUUUUCUAAGGACAAGGAAAAACGAAGUUAUGCUUCAAGUAAUUCUUCGUUGAGUCAAAGUCCUAAAAGCUCAAAAUCAAGUUCUAAAAAAAGUGAUAUUGAUGACAUUGGAACUCCUGUUCCUCCAGAUUCGAAUAAGGCACAAAUGAAGUGCCGAAAACUAAAUGCUGUGAUAGACCAUUUAACGAAGGCCAAAACUGCUCAACAUUACUCUGUGGAUUCUGAAGUACCGAAAAGUAAAGAAUCAACACCGAAAGCAUUUGAUAAAGGAAUAGUAUUAAAUACAAAUGUUAAUAUAAAAAAUCCUGAAUCUUAUCAAGUAAAACACAGUUCAGAUGGUAUGAAAAUUACAAUAAAUAAAACAAGAACAAAAGAAUCAAAACAAAAAAAUUCUCUCACUGCUUCUCCUAAAUUGGGUCUAAAAUCUGGAAGUUCCAGUGGUUUGACGAAUAAAAAAACUGUUUAUUCAAUCCCAAAAGCUGGUCCAAGUUCUCAAUCAAAACAACCAUUUAGUGUACCAAAAACUAAAUCAAAUUUAACAGUGACCAAAGUGAAAUCAGGUAAAAUACGUGGCGAGAACAAAUCUAUUUUUGGUAGGGCGGAAAUGAGAAAAUCUAGUCCAACUUCAAAAGAUGAAGAACCUAUGAAAGUAGUCAACCCCGUUGAAAGUAUUAUUAAACAUAAAUUAGAUACAAGUAAGUUUCAAAUUCCAAAACUAUCUGCCAGAGCAAAUGCUGACGAAAAAAGAUGUGCUGAAACAAAGGCUGAAAUUUCAAAACCCAUGGAUUUGGCUAAAAAAAUUGAUGUGGAUAAGAAGUAUAAUCAGGGUGAUUAUAUUUGUCAGAAAAAAAGUACUACGGAGCGGUUGAAUUCAUUACCUGGUAUUACAGUUACAACAGUAGAAGAAAGAUUAAAACCUAAGGAAUCUGCUCUAAGUAGCUUAAAAAUCGAUUUACCUUUAAUUUCGUUUCACACUCCAAAAGCCGACACAACUGUUGAGAUGUCUGAGUGUAAAGACUAUUCUCAGAAAAAAGAAGAAAUAUCAAAUAAUUCUGCUUAUCAACAAAAGCCUGUCACUCCUGUAACGACAUAUGCAACAACACCCUCUGUAUCAGUACACAUUCUCAAAUCUCCUGUACCAUCUCCUUUACUAGUACCAUCUCCACACUCCGCAUCACCUUCCAUUACAGAUGAAGAACUUAUUGAUGAUGCAUUUGUUCGUGUUGGUAAAUGAUCAUUAGUUAUACAAAAGCCAGUUGUUAAAAUUGGCUUUUGUAUUCAACAACUCAAUAGAUUUACAAUUUGUUAAUUAAUUUAAUAUUAUGUAUUUAUUUAACUGACUACUUUUUAUUAAAAUCAACUU